AUGUUCUAUCUCAACCUUCGUCUCGCAGCCAACGUUUCCUUUAACAAUGAAGUACGACACCAUGAGCUUGACGAAAUUGACCGAUCGGCAUACCAAUCAUACUCUCAUGAGAUGCACGCCGACGACAUUGAUGACGGAUUCAAGACCGAUAGUGAAGACGAUGCUGCAUCACAGCUAUCCUUGAAGCUUGACACCGGUUACUGGGAUGAGUCUGUUCCAUUUGAUCUCAACGCAUUCGGAUCCCCGACCUUGGCUCCGUUCGAUCCGAUGUCACCCCAGUACCAAGGUACCCGGAGCGUACCUCCAACACCACAGCAGCUUCCCGACUCCCUCUCGGCGCAACUCGACACCGCAGCGGAUGCGACUACCAUCCUCAGUGAUCCUGACGCAUAUCCCUCCGGUGACGAACAGCGCUUCUCAACUGAUGAUGAACAUUUCUUGGAACCCACGAUACCUUCAAACCUGAAGUCUCCACCUCCUGUACAGCCAUCUGCCGACAAUGAUGAUGAACCCGACGUCGAGGAAUUUCUCAGCGACCACGAAUACGACGACGAAUACAUCGCGAGCGAUGUCACCGCUCUGACACCCCGCGCGUCUCGCCUCUAUUCUGCCACGGACGAUGAAGACGAUGCUUUUGACACUGCGAUUCGCAGCAGCCACAAGCCUGCUGCGAGAUCUCUGCCCGAAGUCCAGAUAUCGACGAUUGCCUCGACCAACUCUUUUGAGACCACGGCGGUUGCCUCGGUCAACUCCUUUGAGAUCACGGCCGACAUAUCUCCUGUCGAACUGUCCAGUUCUCCUCCCGCGACUCCCAAGAUUGCGAAUACACAACCGGAUGCCGCUGAUGACAACUCCAUCCUCGACUACAUGAUCCCCGCCACUAGUACCAUGCCUUCGCUUGUUGCUCAUGCCAUGCCCGGAUCAUCCAUGAUGCAACGCAAACUCGCCACCGUCCCAACCUCCAUGUCGAGGAAAAAGAAGUCGAAGAAGAAGAAGAAGAAAGCUACCUGCCCUUCUACCAGUAACAUCUGUGCCGAAUUGUUCGCUCCCACCAAUAAGGAAUCUGACUCUUCAUCCUCUUCUCCCACAUCCUCUGAGGGUUCCAACUCCAAACCCUCUCCUACGCAGGAUUUUGCAUAG